GUCUACAACCUUAAAAACAUUUGUCCCUCCCUCAGAAGCAGUUAAACACUCUGCUUCUUCAUUCUCCACAUUACUCUCUCAUAUAAUAUUAUUGAUUAUUAAUUGUUGAAUCUUAUAUAGAAUUCAACAAGAUACUACCACCAAUAACAACCAUUGAAUAAGAAGCCAUCAUCAUUAUCACUUAAAUAAACAGAAACUUCUCUUUUUCCUUCUCAUAUGCUUCAACAACAACAAGAACAGUGAAUUAUAUAUAAUCUUAAGAAGAAGAUUAUGGGAAUAUUGCAUGAUGAUGUAGUGAUAUUCAGGGAGGCAGAGAAAGAAGGAGAUCCAACAGUGAUAACAGUGAACUGUCCUGACAAAACUGGUCUUGGUUCUGAUCUGUGUCGUAUCAUACUCUUCUUUGGUCUUAGCAUUGUAAGAGGAGAUGUGUCAACAGAUGGGAAAUGGUGUUACAUAGUAUUGUGGGUGGUUGGGAAAGAGAAUACAAGAUGGAGUUUGUUGAAGAAGAGGCUAAUUGGGGCAUGCCCUUCUUGUUCCUCAGCUUCUGGAAUCUCUUAUUACUCCUCUGAUUUCCAUCCACCUAACCCUCCUCAUGUCUUUCUUCUCAAGUUUAGUUGCUAUGAUCGCAAAGGCCUUUUACAUGUAUGUAGAGUGCAGAGAAUACAAUUCCUGCUGCCCCAGCUGUGAAACAAACAUAGCCGAAGCUGUAUAGUUGCUUGUUGAUUGGGAUAGCUGCAUUUCAAUUUUGAAUUUUCCAUGCAGAUUAAUUUUUCAUGCAGAUAAUAGAGUUUAAUUUAAGUUUAAUUAUUCUAUUAGUCUCUAUAAUUUCACCAAAUUUGUAAUUAGAUCUUUAUAUUUUUUCUUUUUUAUUAGAUUCUUACAUUGCUUUUAAUUUUUGCAAUUAGAUAUUUUUCAUAUAAAAAAUAUUAAAGUAACAGAA